AUUACUGAAUUGACUUCGGCCGUGUGCAGUCGUGUUUUCUUUUCCCCUGCUGGUGCUGUUAUUGAAAGUGAAAGCAAUACCUUCAUCAUGAAACUCUUCCUGCUGAGUGCGUUCCUCUUCCUGGCCACCUGCCACGCCGCUCAAGCGUUGCGCUGUAUGCAAGGCGUCGAGCUGAUUCUCGACGCGAACAGCACCCCGGCGAAGGACAAUGAAAAGGUGCCGGAAUACACCGAGUGCGGUCUGGUGACUACCGGUGUCUCGGCUGCCACACUGCUCGGGCUGAAACCGAGCACGGCCGUGCUGCCCUCGGGCGACUACAAGUGCUUCCAUCUCAAAAUUGAGGAUAGCGCCACCGAGAAGGCCAGCGUCGUGAAGGGCUGCAUCUACAAGGCCCAGAACGUGUGCGACGGCAAAUUCAAGGUGGACACCGCGCGCGAAGUGUUCUGCAGCCAGUGCGAUUAUGACGAGUGCAAUUCGGCCCUCCGAUUCGCCUCCAACUGGAAGAUUCUCAGCCUCACCCUGUUCACCGUCGUGUGCUUCCUCAUGAAGUAAUCGCUUCCCGCGGUCCAUACAUCCCACUUACUUCAUUACCUUUAUGCCAAAAUGAAUCAUCCAUUUUCGUUUUUAGUGUGUAAGCUUUACAACCACAACGUACAAUUUGAUAGGCCUCAGUCGCAAAUCUCUCAGGAUAAUACGCACGCCUUCGGCGAGCGUCGACGGUGCUUGCGUACGAUUUGAGGCAGCAAAAAAGAGGAAACGAACUACAACGAACUGCCACUUCUAUUCUGCGACUAUCGUGAUGUUGAACACGCAUCAGAAGCCCGGGAUAAAUGCCUUAACAACGAUGAGUACCAACGAUAUUAGAUCGUAAUCUCAAACGCUUUUUAGAAUGCCGUAGAACUUCCGUCGCUUUCGAGUUUCGAGUCUCGCUUUCGGGCUCAAUUGAUUACUCGUGAUGAAAGAACGCUAUUUGCGCUUGCAGUUAAUUGUUUAUUUUUCUUAUGGCAACAUAUUCUCGUAGCAAGUUUGACUGAGUGAAUGCCGUUAUCACGCUGGAAUGCCGGUUCCAAUAAUCUGCGUAGAAGUAGCUGUAUGUUUUCUUGCUUUUUUGCUGCGUGAAAUACCGCAUACAUGAGCAAUAGGGCCUGGCCGUCUAUCUCGAAUAUAUAAAACAAAAAAACAGCAAAUAACGCAUACUAGAUUGUGUUUUCCGAUGCAUUGUGAGGCAUCUUAGAGCGUGAUUAAAGAAACAAUAAAAUUUGCUAUCAUUAGUAUGC